UUCUUCUCUGUUCUCUUCCAAUCCGAGAUGCAUCAGGACUACCAGCUUCUUCCUGCAACUUCAUCUCUUCAAUCCCGUCACCUUGGGUCAGUGGUGCUUUAAUUUCCUUCAAGCCGGUAGCUCUCAAGCCCAAAACCCGAGACUAAGAAGCUCAAUUACACUGGUCGUGUGCUCCGAAGCAAGCCAAGGCUUCCUCCGAAUUCUCAUCCGCUGCCGGGGCUGAGAAGGGAAUAAGAUCGAGGACCUUUACUCUAUCUAGCUCGUGGAUCUGAGAAGAGAAACACCCCCGCCGGUUCUCAAAUUUUAUCCUUUACGACUGGAAGAAAGGGUUUCAAGCAUGGAGCAGUACGAGGUAAUAAAACAGAUUGGGCGCGGGACAUACAGCACCGCUACUCUUGUGAGGCACAGGCUCGAAAACAAAGAGUAUGUACUAAAAGAGACCGAAAUCGAGGAUGACGAUGAAGAUGAAUUUCUAUACGAACAUUCUCGUCUAGAGAUGGAGCUGCUUUCUAGGAUACGACAUCCAUUCAUUGUAGAGUACAAAGAUUCAUGGGUUGAAAAGGAUGGCAAGGCAUGCCUAAUCUUAGGUUAUUGUGACGGAGGAAAUAUGGACGAGGCCGUAAAGAACGCCAAUGGUGUGCUUUUCUCCGAAGAGCCGGAUCUUGAUGACGUGAUUAUCGAAACCAAAGGCCCAGUGCGUCCACUUCCAACUGAAUAUUCAGAUGCUCUUCGAAAUCUUGUGGGAAGCAUGUUGCAGAAGGACCCAGAAAUGCGGCCGACGGCAGGGGAGCUGCUCAGGGAUCCACUUCUUCAGCCUUACAUCCACGAGAUACAAGUCAAUAGCCUCAAAGGAGGUUACCCGAAAUUAUUGUUACCUGCACGGCAGGUCAACAUGUUAGAGGUGAGUAUGGUAGAUGAAGAGGAGGAUGGAUGCAAGUCCGCUGACAACAGGAGCUGUCACAUUACGAGUUCAGUCAAGCCGUCCGUCCUCAUGGAUUUAUGGCGAGACAUCCUUUCCAGCAUGCUGAACCACGCACUGGGGGACCCCGUUCUGUUGGAUGCAUUGCAAGUCAUCCUUGUCCGCAUGUUGAGGCAGGUAAAGGAUGACCUCAUCCAGAGGGAUGGAUUGCAAUUGCAGUACAUUUUUUUCGAAAUGUUGAAACAUGCAAUAGAGGAUGGUUGCAUGGACACAUUGCUAGGCGAUUCGGGUGAGGACUCCUUACUCAAGCUGUCAGGACUCAUGGAUGCACCGCUGGACAUCAUGCCUAAGGUGGCUGUAGUAGAUGUAGAACAUGAGGAUGGAAGCAACUUCUCUGAUGAAAUUGGACACCCUUGUUUGGCAUGA